AUGGCCUUCUUUGGGAAACUGUUGGCGCCGGAGACAGAGGGACAAAGACCCAAACCGCUGCAACUUCCUCCGGUUAAUAUGGACCGAGUCCUCAAGAAGUUUGAGAAUACAUUGGUGGGCAGAGUUCUCAACCCAGAGAUUUCGGAGGCUCGAGUGAAGGUGAUGCUUGCUUUCCUUCCUUCGGUUUGGAAGUGUGAGGGGAAGGCACAAGGACUUGAGAUGGGCAGAGGGAGCUUUCAAAUCCGUUUUGAGGAGGAGUCUACUCUUCACUUGGUUCUUGACAAUCGCCCAUAUCAUUUUGACGGAUGGAUGAUUGCCCUUGAGAGAUGGAAGCCGACGGUGAGGAAGGAUUUUCCGAACACAAUCCCUUUUUGGAUCAAGAUUAUGGACCUCCCUCCAUAUCUUUGUGAAGAUGAUCAAGUGAAGCGUAUUGGUGAGGAUCUUGGGGAUCUUAAGAGUUGGAAGGCGAGUGCGCCUUUUCCGUUGAUUCGGCUCCAGAAUCAUUGCAAGCGAUGCCUGCGUAUGACACACGAGACAAGAAGCUGCCCCAAUAGGGGAAUGAGACUGAGGCAUCCACCAAAGCAACAACCACAGCGGGAAGCUGAGGAAGACCGGAAGAGGCAACGAGCGACUCGAGGAGACUAUCCGAAGGCAAAAGAGAAUCGGGCUGAUGGGAGAACCAAGCCUAGGGACAGAGCCUCGGUCAUAAUUGCUGAACCGAAACCGCUUCAGAGGGACCUGAUGCUAGAACUAACCGAGGCUGGUGACCGGCGAUUUGAAAAACGAGCCUCCACCAGUGAGUGGGUUCGCAAGGCGUUUGGGCGUAAUACGGACCGACAACAGGACAAGGAGGGGCGCCACCACUCGUCCCAGCAGAUUGCACCGUCGGAGAGUGCUCCAGACGAGGCUCGUCCGUUCUGGUAUCCGGCGACGGAGGAGGAUGCAGCGAUUGCAAGGGCGGUCUUGGUGCAAAAUCGGAAGUGGGACCAGCUGGCGGAGGAGCUGCCGGCAUGA